AUCCUGUGUUUCUCAGCAUGAAGGAGCUUAAGGCCUAUAUUGACUCUCAUCUAUGGCUGAUUUGUGUUGACUCAUUUUCCUUUCUGUUCAAUGUUAAGGCCGGGUACAAAAAAGAGAAUGAAAAUUAGAAUUUUAUCAAUGUAGCAGAUUAGUUCUGCAUUCUUAUAGGGCCCAUUUUUUAGAUUAAAUUUGCAUUUGAUUUUAUUUAUUAUUUUCUCACUUCAGAUCAGUAUCCCAUUUCUAUUUUUAGAGUCUUUCUAACUGUUUGCGCAACAGUAUGUUUUCAGAAGAAGGAGCUGUUAAAAGUGAGACCAUUUAGCUUUGAUGCAAUCUGAUACAAAUGAUCUUCUCAUUAAUCUUUAAUAUGCUAAUUACAGGUUCAUUACAUGAGUUGGGCACGAAGAAAGCAGGGGCAAACAGCAGCCACCUGGUUAAUGUUACAUCCCAAAGGCAUUAGUAAAUACAGCUUAUUCAAGAAAAACUUGUGUGACCUUCACCAAUCAUGGACCUGGAUCACACUUGGCACACAGACUGUCAAUGACAACAAAAAAUAUUGGAGGGGUUUGGGGGAACUGACCCACCAUGGUGGAAACUGUAGAUCACCCUGCAUCCAGAGACCACUCUGAACCCUAUUUAUGAUGGAUUUGGACCACACUUGGCACACAUAACCCCCAUGACCAGCAGAACAUACUGGAAUGGUUUGGGGGGACUGAACCAUCAAUAGUGGGAGUUGUACAUCACCCUACAUCCAGAGAGCAUUCUGAACCCCACUGAUGACAGAUCUGAAUGAUACCUUUAGUAUCAGAAGCAGAGUCCCACUGAACGUCAGUUGCUUGGAAACCACAGUGGGAUGAGACUGUUGUCAUCCUUUUUCAUGGUGUCUGGUCGGCCAUUGUAGGAAAUAAGAUACUGAACUAGAACUAGCUGUAGGCUGUUUCAGAUGACUGUCCUUCUGUGUGAGAUGCAUCUUUGGUCGCUAAAGAAUACCUUGCACGUUGAAGAUCAAGACAUUGGAGUCCAUCAUUACUAUGAAAAAAAGGAAUCGGAAUCACAAUUGAACUUUGACCAUUUGCAUCAGAAGCAACUGUUAGCAGAAUCUCGAGAUUAUCCUUGGGUACUUAAGAACAAACGUCCAGAGAAGCUGAGAGAUACACUUAAGGAGCUAGAGGAACUGAUGCAAAACAGUCACUGUGUGCUGUGCAAAUGGAAGACCAAAUACGUCUGUCAGCUCCUGUUUCAUUCAGGUAUACUGGUAUCCCUAAGUCUUUGUGGGCCACAGCUGGAGCGAGUGGUGAUUGACAGAACCCUGAUGGGGAAGCUCAUCUCCAACACUAUCAGCGAUGCUGUUCUCACAGAUAGUUUCAUGAUCUUGUCAUUUUGGGAACAAAGUAAACUCUGUUUCAUCCAGUUUACUAAGAAGGCAAAUUCUCCUGAUGUAAACAAAAGGCCUGAAAAACUUUCAUCCCUGGAAUAUAAGAUAUCUUAUGUUGAUAUACCAGGCCUUGGAAGUAGAAGACUGAAACGUCAUUUGGCAAUAAAUAGUGUACAGGAUAUGGUUAUUUGUUGGUGGUCAUUGACGAAGGUUGAAAUGUGGCCAUGGACUCCUGCCUCUAGUGAGAGAGAGAGAGCCAACAUAUUGCUCUUGAAACAUGAACAUGGCAACUUGGAGAUUCUCAGUUAUAUACGUACAUCAGGGGAUCCGCUUGACGUCACCUUUAGUUCAUCUCAACCUCAUCAAAUUCGUACCGUAGAACACUCUUUCAGUGUAGAUCAAGAACCCAUGGCUGACAGCUGCAUCUAUGAAUGUGUUCGAGAUAAAGUUCAGUGUGUGACAGUCACUAAAAUACCACUAGUUUCAAAGGCUAUCAGCUGUUGCAGGAACAUUACAGAAGACAAACUUGUUCUGGGAUGUGAAGAUUCUUCCAUUGUUUUGUAUGAAGACUAUCGUCAAUUAACCCUCUUGGUACAAGCAGAAGUAUUGCCUGCUUUCAUGUGUUGCCACCCCAAUGGAGCUAUAGUCUUAGUUGGCAGUUCACAAGGGGAACUACAGAUGUUUGACAUGGCACUAUCUCCAAUUAAAUUGCAGCUUUUAGCUGAAGACUUCUCCCCCAAAUCAAUUGUACAAUUUAGUGAACAUUUUAAUGUAUCAAAUAGUCUUUCCCAGAUUCAGUGGGCUGCCUCUCAAGUUUCAUAUGAAACCAUGGGUGGUACUGAUAUACACAGUCUUCUAUUACUGAGAUUUCACAAAGGACCUAUUGGAGUACUUCAUUUCAAAACUGGUAUUAUCCCCAGAGGUCAUUUUGACCUUAUGGUGAUUAUCCAGGAAUAUAUUCAACAAGAUGAAAUUCAUGAGGCGAUUAAUAUACUGAGUGGCAUGAACUGGAAUACAAUGGGUGAACAAUGCUUUAUAGGCCUAAGUGCCAUAGUAAACUACCUCCUCAGGCAAAAACUGACUGGCGAAAGAGAAGCCCAGCUUGAGGCCACCCUCGGGACCUUCUACGUGCCAAGAAGGCCUCUGGCCGAGACAACGGUGCUGGAAUACAGGGACCAGAUCAGCAGAUACGCAAGAAGGUUCUUCCACCAUCUGCUCAGGCAUCAAAGAUUUGAAAAAGCAUUUCUACUUGCUGUUGAUAUAGGUGCCCAUGACUUAUUUAUGGACAUCCAUUACUUUGCACUAGAUAAGGAUGAAUUGGCACUAGCUGAAGUGGCAAAGAAAAAGGCUAACGACAUUGACACAGAAUCAAUAACGACUGCGGCUGAAAUUCCUGGACAUAAAGGCAGAGAAGAUGCUCUAAGUGAAGCUUUUGCAGAUCUGAGUGUGCUUCCACAACAGGAACUGAAAUGUCCAAGCAAUCUUCCACUCUCCAGUAUGAAUACUCAAUCCUUCCCAUAUACAGCACAUAACAGUUCUGCUAGAUCUACUUUUUCAAGAGAAAUAGACAAAAAAGAACGUUCAUUCAUAAGAGAGAUUUAUACCACACUGCAGAUGAAAGCUGAAGCUUGCUGUGAAACAGGAACUUCUGAGGAAGCACAUGAUAGAGAGGAAAUCAGAGGAAGCAACUCUGUCAAAGUCGUGCAUUUUGGACUGGUGUAAGGCAAAAAUGGUAAUACUUCAGACCCUUAAAGAAAGUUACCGCAGUACUCACCAUUUUCUGAGGACAAAGAGAGCUUUUGAAUUGUUUUAGAUUCAGACAGUCUUGAAAUCUUAUAGCUCAUCAGCACAUAUGAAGCACUUUUAGUGCCUGUUGUUCAUUUCUGAGAAAGUUAAGCAAGAGCUUAGAUCAAUUGGAUUUAAAUGUACUCAACUUUGACAGGACCCAUCUACUGUUUUUAAACAAAGCUUGGUCCUAAAAGCCAUUUGUGCUUAAUCUCAUGUGCUGCUCUGCAUGUUCCAGUGGUUCCCAACCUUUGGUUCUUCAGGUGUUUUGGACUCCCAAAAAUCCCAGCUAACUUACCAAUGUGGGAACUAACAUCCAAAAUACCUGGAGGGCUAAAGGUUGAGAACCACUGGGGAAAAGCAUUUGUCCACUAAUUAACAAAACAUGUUAACAUCAGCAAAACAUAAUAUGACCCAACAUUCUUCUGUUUGCCUCUACUCAUUACUUUAUGCCUUGGAUAGGUCACAUCUUACAAGCUCAUAUUCAUUUAGUUCAGUGGUUGUCAACCUGUGGGUCCCCAGAUGUUUUGGCCUUCAACUCCCAGAAAUCCUAACAGGUGGUAAACUGGCCGGGAUUUCUGGGAGUUUUAGGCCAAAACACCUGGGGACCCACAGGUUAUGAACCACUGAUUUAGUUGUAGAUAGGCAGUACCUACAUCAUUGGCUCAUAUAUUAAAGGCGCGAGAAGAUAACUUUACCGAGGACCUUACUGUCUGAAGAAUAGUUCCAAAACUUUACUAGGUUUCAGUUAUAUUACAGUAGAGUCUCACUUAUCCAACAUAUACAGGCAGAAAGUUGGAUAAGUGAAUAUGUUGGAUAAUAAGGAGGGAUUAAGGAAAAGCCUAUUAAACAUCAAAUUAGGUUAUGAUUUUACAAAUUAAGCACCAAAACAUCAUGUUAUACAACAAGUUUGACAGAAAAAGUAGUUCAAUACGCAGUAAUGCUAUGUAGCAAUUACUGUAUGAAUUUAGCACUAAAAUAUCACGAUGUAUUGAAAACACUGACUACAAAAAUGCAUUGGAUAAUCCAGAACAUUGGAUAAGCAAGUGUUGGAUAAGUGAGACUCUACUGUACUCAGAUCGAUUGCACUAUGUAACAAAAUUUGAAAAAAUUCUGUUCCUGUUUGGAAAGUUUUAUUUCCUGUUUAAUUGUGCGGUACUUACUUUGAAAGUAGUUGUUAUACUCCAGAAACUUUGUUUUUGUGGCUGCCACAACGAUGUUGAAUUGGUUGAGCUUUUAUGAGAUAUACAUUGAAAAACUAUAGCAAAAUGUGCUGCAGGAUGUCCCACAAAAACAAGGUUUUGGCAGUUUAAUAAACUUUUCCUGUGUUUCUAUGAUAGAACCAAUUAGGAAAUUACAUUUAUAACCCAGGAACAAAAAAUGUGUUACGUAGUGUUAUCAUUCUUUUUAUCUCCCUCCCUCUCUUAUGCUUUAGUCAUAAGUAAUAUAAAGUUUAUAUAGAAAGAGAGUGAGAGAGUGUGAAAUAAAGUUUUAGUCAUAAGCUGUAUAAGCUUUAUAUUGCUUAUGACUAAAGCAAAACACUAAAUGAUUUCCAAGAUAUCACGACAGAUCUGUUUUUAAUUUCUUUCAGCAAUGAUCACAGUGCAUAAGAGCAGCAAUAAAAAAAUCUUCUCGACACGUGCACAGCGUUUUGGCCAAAUAGGCUACAAUUUUCUCAUUAGAGAUUUUGUUAGAUAAGCACACAGCCCAAAUGCUGGCUAUCGUGAAAGACGCUAGCAUGACGUAAGGUUGAAUGUGGAGACCGGAUUUCCCAUUUUGCAAAAAAAAUGAAAUAAAAAUGUUUUUGUACGUCUGGCUGCACGGUUGCUCCAGUUCCACAAAGGCUGCAAUUGUCUCCCAAGAGUUGGCCCAUUUUGGCUCAAAUCCUCACAUCUUACAAAACUACAAAAACAGUCCAACAUAAAGUAAACAGCACAGCACAGAAAUGACUUGCAGGAUUAUGAAGCAGAAAACUCCAGGAUCUCAAAGACCAAGGUAUGGGGCACGCAUGGGCAAACUUUGGCCCUCCAAGUGUUUUGGACUUCAACUCCCACAAUUCCUAACAGCUUACCAGCUAUUAGGAAUUGUGGGAGCUAAAGUCUAAAAUAUCUGGAAGGCCAAGGUUUGCCCAUACCUGGCAUAGAGGUCCCCAAAGGUUUUCCACCAAACAGCGUACAAUGAACAAACUCUUCUUUAGAGUAAAUAAAUGAGAAGACUCAUUCUGAGCUGGAUUCAAGUUGCUUGUGUCAUGAAAUAUAUAUGAUUUAAAUGGAAUUGUAUGAAAGGUGUAUGAAUGGGGCCUAAUUGGGCUGAAGACACAAUUCUAAAUAUUGAGGCCUGGAAAACAACUGCACUCAGGAACUGUAGUUUAAAGUUGCUGAUGAGAAAUGUGACAAAUGAUUAACUGUUGACAUUGCUAACCUGAUGAACUUUUGGUGAAAAACAACCUUUUUACAUUAUCAGAGACAAUGACUCUUUAAGUUAAGGAUAUAUUUACAAAGUUCCUUACAUUAAGAAGGAAGUCAACACAAGGCUCCUUACGUUUAACAACACCAAUUAAGAAGAAUCAACAUCUGUCCAGGAACUGAGAUGGAAUCAACGUAUUUUAGGCUGGAAAAAAUCUAUCAUUCAUUUACAACUUUGGAACACCAUCAGCAAGAAUUAUUGCUAUAUAAGAGACCUAAUAUUCCAAAAGUGUGGCAGACCAGAGGAGUCUGGCCCACCUACCAUUCUUCUCUUUGGGAAGGAUAGAGAUGGUGUACCUUGGAGUGUCAGAUGUGCUAUGGGAAAGCAAGAUUCUGGACAUUUGCCUCCUUUUCUCAAGGAAAGAGGAAGGAGUGGGAUUUUGGGGUCAUGAUAACAUUGGCCAGGGUGUCAGUUCUGCUGUAGGGAAAACACAGAUCUGAUCCUUGGCAUUGUUCUUAGGGAAAGAGGAUGCAUUUUAGAAAUUUUGGAAGUUUGGAACUGUGCAGUGGCAGAUUUUGCAGGGAAACAAUCUGGUUUAAGUGGUGUUCUUCAAAGCAGAAGAAUGGAGAAAUGGUAAUAUUGGGAUGAAUUUUGAUGAGUGAAUACAUAGGUGUGUGAAUGCUGAGUGAAAAUGCAAUUCCCCUUUGUUUGUUAGCCAGUGUAACUGUAGGUUGUUUGUGGAUUCAAUGUAGUUACACAGAAUCUGUAUGUCCAAUGUCGUUCUUUGUAUAAAAGUGUGAAAUUUCUGAUAUACCCUCUUCACACAGAAAUUGCAAUAAAAGGAACCUUUGUUUAAAAAGUAUUCAUGACCCUUGCAGAAUUACCAGCUGCACUGCUCCCCACCUCCAAGGUCCAAGACACCGUUCAAAGCCAACCAAAAUGAUGGGGCCGUGGAGCUCAGCACAAGAGUAGGGCAGUGCAAGACCCCUCUCUGCCUCCUCAUCUGUGGCACAAACCACUGUGGAAAGACAUCUGAGCAGCUUACAACUGCAUACUCAUCCCAUGUUAUAUGACUGCAGAGUGAAACUUCAACUUAAGGCUUUGCAAUUGAUAUCCCAAUAUCAUUUUAACAGAUAGCAUCGUCACUUGGGAUGCCUCUUCCAAAGAUCAACUUUGAACAACACCAUGUUGUGAAGAAAUAUGCUCUCAGCUUUACCAUCUCCCUCUUAGUUUAGCUGACUAACUAUUAUUUGACUUCUUGAAAAACGUAGACUACAUAAUGCUUAUUUUGCAUUUUUAAGCAGUAACAAACAAUGGAUCGUGAAGGAAGCAUUGUGUUGUAUUUGCCAUAAGUGUCCCUUUGUAGUCAUGUAUUAAGAAUGGCUUUUUUCCUACGUUGUUCUUCUGUGUCAUCUGAAGAAUGGUGUGAUACAAUACAAAUUUAAUCUUAGCCAUUUCGUUUGAGAUCAAAAUUAAUUGAAAUUUAGUUAUGCCACUAAAAUGCACUCUUGCCAAAUAAAAAGAUGGAAAUUGAUUUUUUUAAUAUUUUGGUUUUAAUAGCAUCUUUUUUCAAAUCUGCAUUUGAGAUAUUUGGAGGAGUUUUUAGGUCCUCGGUUUUUUAAAAAAAACCUUUAGAAACUGUACAACACAUGCCUCGUGGAUGAUAGGUUUAGUAGCAAGAAGAGGGAAAUAAAGCACAGAGACUUAUCAGUAAUAGUCAGACGAAUGCAUUAAAUCCAUGCUGAAAAGCUUAUGUCCUCAGCAGACAAAAAGUGGUAAAAUGCGUAAGAUGCUCAGCCCUCAUUGGGGGAAGGGGGCUAUUAGUAACGCGGGAGCUAUGAGACAGAUACGUCAUUCACCAUGCUCUAUUCCACCAUGUAUAGCUGCGUAUAAAACAAAAUGGUUUCUAUGCUUCUUUACAAUGGCUUGAGGAGAGCAUAUGGCUCACAAGAUAUUACAUGUAAAUGCACUUUCCCUGGUAAAUGCAGUCCAACAGCAGAUCAAGGGAACCUUUUGCUUGUUCAACCUAAGGAUGCUAAAAUACGUUACUGAGCCACAGAGCUAUUUUGCUGAAUUGCAGCCAUAUUUCUGUCAGUACAAGUGAUGGUCUAUAUGAGGGAUUAAUCUGACACCAGACAGUGAUCCUUAAUCCUUCAGUAUAUCAUAAUCUAUUUACUUUGCAUGCUAAGAGGAUUUUGGCUUUAAAAUAUACAGGAAGUGAUGCUAGAAAUGCACAGAAGAUCAGGAAUGCCAUUUCCUAAAAACUCAGUUUCUAAUACAAUCCCUUUAUGGAUUUCUUGGAGUUCUGUCCUUUCAAAGAAUUGAAUAGAGAUUUAGCUGGAACCGGGCAUAUGUUUCUUUUUUUGUACAACAGCCCUACAACUGUGUUUCUUCCUGCGACUACUCUGCCACUUUUGUUCGCAUGCUUGUAUGCCGGUUGUAAGACAUGAAAUGAAAGCUUUUUCCUCGACUGCAGAUCAUUUCCAGCGGGAUGACAUGGGAGUCUUUUUCUUGACAAAAUCAAAGUAGAUUCCAAGCCUUGGGCCAUUUUUGUGUAACUGCUGGGUUGAUUUAUUAAAAGCGUUUACAAACUCUA